UAUCCGUCAUCUGUGCAGAACAGUUGUAGAAAAACGCAGACACGUCCGACUGCUAGUAGUUGUGGCUGUGACGUUUGUUGCUGUGGAGCAGUGACACUAAAUAAUGUAUAGAACGGUCAACAAAACACAUUUGAGACAGCUGUCCUGUCUCUUCAGAAGAUGUCAGAGUACCUUGGUUGUAGCUGAGCACAGUAAUGACAGUUUGUCCCCAAUCACACUAAGUGCGAUUACAGCUGCCAAUAAGCUGGGUGGAGAGGUGUCUUGUCUUGUGGCGGGAACCAGCUGCACCAAGGUUGCAGAAGAAAUCAGUAAAGUCCAGGGAGUCAAAAAGGUUUUUGUGGCUCAACAUGAUGCUUUCAAAGGCUUACUUCCAGAGGAGUUGACGCCACUGAUAUUGGCCACCCAGCAGCAGUUUAAUUUUACACAUAUCUGUGCAGGAGCAUCUGCCUUUGGGAAAAAUCUUCUUCCUAGAGUUGCCGCCAAGCUGGAUGUUGCUCCGAUCUCAGACAUCAUCGAGAUCAAAUCCCCUGAUACGUUUGUCAGAACCAUCUAUGCCGGGAACGCUCUCAGCACCGUUAGGUGCAGUGAGGAUGUCAAGGUGUUCACGGUCAGGGGGACCUCUUUUGAGCCUGCCCCGCUGGAAGGAGGCAGCGCUGGAGUCGAACAAGUUUCCCCUUCUGAUCCUGUGGGCAUCUCUGAGUGGCUGGAGCAGACUCUGACUAAGAGUGACCGCCCAGACCUCACCAGCGCAAAGGUGGUGGUGUCCGGAGGCAGAGGACUGAAGAGUGGGGACAACUUCAAACUGUUGUAUGACCUGGCUGACAAAAUGAAUGCUGCAGUGGGAGCAUCCAGAGCUGCUGUUGAUGCUGGAUAUGUUCCCAACGACAUGCAGGUUGGGCAGACGGGGAAGAUCGUGGCACCUGAACUUUACAUUGCUGUUGGGAUUUCAGGAGCUAUUCAACAUCUGGCUGGAAUGAAGGACAGCAAGACAAUUGUUGCCAUUAACAAGGACCCAGAAGCUCCAAUUUUCCAAGUCGCUGACUUUGGUUUAGUUGCUGAUCUUUUCAAGGCUGUCCCUGCGAUGACUGAUGCCUUGAAUAAGUGAUGCAGCACAGGAACGUCUUCCAGCACCCAGCUAUUCUCAGCCACAAAAUGUGACCGCAACCUCUACACAUGCACAACAAAUACCUCUUGGAACUGAUAGACUUUUUUUCAUUUUUGCAAUAAAGAAUAGAAGUUGUUGGAAUUUUAA